AUGUCAUCCGAGAUCAUGGAGACGAUCCAGCAACAUGCCCCCAACGUGGCCAUUAUCUGCCUCGUAACCUCACUUGGAGUCUACCUCCUCAACAGGAUCCUCCAAGCAUGGAAGACACUCGGUUCUGGCCGCACGAGACAAUCGACGCCGAGCCUCGAGGCGUCCAAGAGUGAGGAUGCCAAACGGCCCCCUGGAGUAUGGAUACCUUCUGAUUUCAAACGGCCCCCUGCGACGCCUUUCCCAGACUGGGACGUGCACGAGACGAAGCCAAUUCCCUACCGGCCAUUUCGCUACGGACCAAAGUACUUUGUCACCAUGGGUCUCCGCAGCAUGAAAUGGGAUGAGUGGAUUGAGCUUGACAACCACUACCUCCGCUACCACGCCGACAAAGCCAAGCGCAUCAGAGAACGGGGCGACAAAUGCUGCAGAACGCACCCAGACGCCAUGGAAGCCGCCAUCGAGCUCCUGGAAGAGCUCGUCGCCUACCUCCCCGAGCGCUACCCAAGCAUGUUCCACAAGACACCGACGGGACUCACGAACGUGGUCACGCACGAAACCUUCAACAUCACGCAGCGCCCGCUCCCCGAAGACCCGAUGCGGACGUGCGCGCGGCUGAUUCAAGACGACCUCGCGCUGAUGAUCGAGAGGCCGGACGGCGAGUACUACCUGCUGGCGGGGGCGAUACUGCUGGCGGGGUUCUGGCGGCUGGAGGACAAGUACGAGAUGUGCCUGUCGGAGAUCCAUACGCACGGGUCGGUGCCGCAGUACAAGGAGAAGCUGGAGCGCGGGAUGAUGAACUUCAUGCGGCGGCUGCGGCCCGAGGACCCGGUGACGCGUAACAACUACUUCAUCCAGGUGGACGACGCGCUGCCCUGGUCGCACAGCAUCGGCUCCGAGGAUGCCGCCGAGGUCUCCUGGAACACCGCCCAGAAGAACAAGGCCAUCGAGCAUCACUACUUCCGCUCCGAGCGCCAGGGCUUGCGCCGCCUGCCGCGCUCCGGCGCCAUCGUCUUCAGCAUCCGCACCUACUUCGAGCCCGUCGCCGCCAUCGCUGAGGAGCCAUACGUCCCCGGCCGGUUGGCCUCCGCCGUGCGGAGCUGGGGCGAUGAUGUGUCGCGUUACAAGGGGAAGGCGAAGUAUGAGGAGGUCUUGCUGGAGUUUCUGGAUAAGAAGCAUCAGGAGCAGGUGGCCAAUGGGCUGGAUGUCGAGGCCGAGGACGAGGUCAGGAAGUAUCCUUUCUGA